AUGUUCAUACAAGACUGCCCACAGAUUGCAUACAAGCUGAAUGGAAAUGAAAUUAGGAGCGGCCUGAUAAAUAUUCUGACUGUUAUUUGCAAAGUGGCAGGUAUCUACGAUGAAUGGCAGAAUGCUCUGGACAGCUUCACUGAAAGAAUCUGCAGUAGCGAUGUUUCUAUUCAUUGCAACCUUUAUUUUGAGGUAGAAGAAUGCGUGCAGCAUCUAUUUAAGCAGCUUUCUAAGAAUAAAAACGUAGAAAUCAAAUGCUUUUUGGAAAAAUGCAUUCGAAGCGAUGGUGUGUUUGACAUAUUUGGGGCCAUAUCAAUAACAUACGCAUUAAAUGACGUGGAAAAUAGCAUAAAUCUAUUUUUCUACAGCGGCCAUACAACCAUACAGAUUCCACAGCCAUAUCAGGUUAUUUCGCAAGAUUUUUUGGAUGCGCUUAUGCAUGUGAAGAAUGCAUGCACGGAUAAAGCAUCUCUGCUUGGCUCACUGCUUAAUAUGUAUAUUCAGAAUAAAAUCAACGACAUCACAUCUUAUGAGAAGAGAUGCAUUCCCCCAAAGCAAGAGAUCCUUCAUGCACUUCGAAAGGAUGUAGAGUCUAUGGACGCUCUGCUAAUGUGCAAAAAGAUCGAAGGAAUUGAAUACAAAAAAAAGCUUAUAGAGUGCUCUUUGAUAUAUGCGCAUGCCUUAGGCAUAAAGCUGACUAAGGAGCAUCCUUUCAUAAUAUUUACAUCAAACCUUCUGGGAAGCAUUGACCUCAGCAAUAAAAGAGUGCAGGAAGAAGUUCUUCCUAGCUUGGUUUACAGCAAGGCCACAGACCUCUAUCCGAAUAUUCUCCUUAGCAAGCAAAAGUAUGCAGAAAUACUUCUGCACACCACACAGACCAUCGACAUCUUUGAAUACCUGCUUGAUAUGAAUAACCCAGACGCACUUUUUAGCUGCUUAAAAGCAUUUAUAUCAACAGAUCGAUCUGGCAGAUGCUCUAAUAACCCAUUUAAGUUCAAGCUGCAAGGAAGAGAUAUUUUCAACUGCUUGUUUCAGAACGAAAAUCUAGUUUACUUGCAAAAAAUCAAACAGCACAUCUCUCAAAGUGGAAAUUCUGCUGGUUGCAUCAAUAAGAUUGUAUAUUUUCUGUAG